GCUAAUCUCAGUCGCUGACCAGGCAGCAAACAAAGUGUGACUGGGACUGUCGUCGUCGGCGACCGUUCGGUUCAGCACUCAGAACAUAAACCAGCGCCUGGACAACAGACGCACCUGACGAGGCUGAGAAGGAAUGGGGAGAACGGGAGAGAUAUGAGAGCAAAACCAGAGAGAAGAGACAACAGAAGAGAGAAAAUUACAAUUCAUGCAGAAACUGCAGCGGAACUGACCAAAGAAGGAAGGAAACUGGCGGUUGCUUAGUUCUUUCAGUUUUAGAAUUAAGAGGUGGUGCGAAGCGGGAUGUGGAGGAGGGGUCGACCGAAAGGAGCAUGAAAUUAGUUAGAACUGUGUGGGUGAAGAUUGAACACAACGGUGGCGGAUGCUUAUAUUCGUGUGCGCGUGUUUUGUGUGUGUGUGUCAGGUGAGAGAGAGAGAAGGAGCCCGUGAAGAGGCAGGGACGCAACUCGUCUCAGGAGUGAUGCAGAGGAAACCUCAGCCCCUAACCAAAGGGAAAGAAAUGAAACCCACUCAGACACACGCGCCCAAAGCGUGACAGAACUCUGAGCUCUAACAACAUGUCAAGCCAUCCGCCACCCUGAAACCAAAACCGACAGAGCCCGCCGAAGCUGCCUGUUCACCAGCCCAACACUCCAACACCUGGACCGGCGCCUUUUCCGACUACCUGCUGGUUCCACCUCAGCACGUUUGGCUAAAUCUUCUGAUCUCUUCUUCAGGAAAACCUCAACUUAAAUUAAGGUCGCUGACAUUCAGUGCUGGACUAUUAUGCUCCAGCUGGCAGGUGCCAAGUGCAGGUUCUUGAUCUGCUUGGGAAUCUGCAUGUCCAUCUGCUCAGUCAUCUACUUGAGGGCCCGGGCCCCCAUGAACCCCCAGAGUCAGAUGGCGGGCUUCAGGUCCCUCACCCAAUCCUGCCAAGCCUACAUUUCCGGUAAUGCAAGCUUGCCAGCAAGACACCACAGUGACAGCCAGCUGGAGGGCUAUCUUUUGGGCAAGAAAGGUGGAGAUCUGGACUGCUCCAGUCUUCUGAUGGACCUCCACUUCAUCACCAGCCCACUGAGCAAAGAGGAGGAGAACUACCCUCUGGCCUUCAUCCUCACCGUCCACAAGGAGCUGGAGCUGCUGCUGCGUCUGCUGCGGGCCAUUUACACUCCUCAAAACGUCUACUGUGUCCACGUGGACGCCAAGGCUCCGCAGACCUACAGGCAAACCAUGGAGAGCCUGGCAGGCUGCCUCCCCAACAUGUUCCUGGCCAGUCGCAGUGAGACGGUGACUUACGCAGGCUUUUCCCGGCUGCAGGCUGACAUCAACUGCAUGAAGGACCUGGUGGCGUCGCCGUUGCCCUGGAGGAAGGUGGUCAACCUCUGCGGGCAGGAUUUCCCGAUCAAAAGCAACCUGGAAUUAGUGCGCCAUCUGCAGAGCAAGGAGUGGAGGGACAAGAACAUGACCCCAGGUAUCAAGCAGCCGGCAUCCAUGAGCUACCGGACUCAGCUGGCGUAUAAGGAGGUCCCGGGAUCCCAUGUGGCCCCCGUACAAGACAGCCCAAAGAAGGCCCCUCCUCCCCACGGGCUGCAGAUCUACUUUGGCACCGCCUACUACGCAUUAACAAGGAGCUUUGUGGUGUUCGUUCUGCAGAAUCAGGUGUCCAAGGACCUGCUGGAGUGGUCCAAAGACACAUUCAGCCCAGACGAGCACUACUGGGUUACGCUCAAUCGCAUCAAAGACGCACCCGGAAGAGAUGCAGAUGGCGGGUGGAAUGGCGCAAUCCGGGCGAUAAAAUGGAAGAAUCAAGAGGGGACUGCACACGACGGAUGCAAAGGGCACUAUGUCAGGGACAUCUGCAUCUACGGCCGGGGGGACUUGCAGUGGAUCAUUAACAGCAACCAGAUGUUUGCAAACAAGUUUGAGAGCCGCACCUCCCCAGAAGCUUUGGACUGCCUGGAACAGUGGCACCGUGACAAGGUCCUGCAGCAAGCCACGGUUCCAGUCCAGUCGUGGUGGCACCUUGCUACAGCGGGCAAUGACAGUGCACUCUUCACCACAGUGAGACCCUGAUGAAGGCCGCGGGGUUCUUCCUUCCUGGAGUCUAUGCACUUGUCUAGUAGACAUGUAACUGUUAGACUAUGCUUGGUGUAUCAACAAGAGGAAGUGGCUGACACAAUCACCAAGAAAUUCACAAACCCGCCCGCUCCCACACACAUGGCCCUUCAGUGACCUGUGGUGCACUUUGACAACAGGAACUAAUAAGCCAUCAUAGCAAAAGGGUUCUGCAACCUUCACGGGCAAGUGCAACAGAGAUCUGUGGACAUUAAUAUGUGAUAAAAAACUGGCCUCAGGCCUGCUAAGAUGUGUCGUGACAACUUGAAUAUUGCCCUUUCCAAUCCUUAAUUAUCUGUUACAUUUUUGUCAUGCAUGUUAAGAGUCAUUUAUUAAAAGUAAAUUAUUGUG